UUAAAUACAAUAUUUCUUUUAUAAUGUUCAUUAAAUAUUCACUUUUCAAUCAAUGGAAAAUAUUAAAUCUCGAAUAUUUAAAAAAUAUUCAUUAAAUAUUUUCGAGCAAGGCGCAUGUGCGUGUGACCUCGAGCGACCAAUGGGAUAAUAGCAGGCCGGCCUGAGGCGACCCGUUUGCCGGCAUCCAUUCUACCUAUGACUUUCACUAUGAUAGCGUGUACUUCCUCUGUACCAUCAAGUGGUUCAUUAUUUGAGUGUUUUUUUGUGGAAUACGUGCUGCCACCGAACGGUUCUUCCGAUAAACAAAAUUCCGAAGUCAUCUGA